ACAUUUUGUCAACCCCGACCGUUAAAACUCCCUCCUCCGCCUCUACACACUCUCCUUAUCCCCUCCGCUCAUCUACCUCCCCUUCUUUCUUUUUCCCUUCUCGCUCCCUUUCACACCCUUCUUUCCUGUCCUAUUCUUUCCCUAGGUCUUUGGCAACCUUGUCUGCCUGUGACUAGGUAAUCCCAACUUGCCCCAUUGGCAGGUUAUGAACGUGACCUACUCCACGAUGGCUAUGGAGGAUGGUGGAAACGACGAAAGCGGGAGAUGUGAAUUAUUAGGGUCAUUUGCCCUCUUUGUUCAAGCAGCACUAGGUGCCUUGGCCCUGCUAUCGCUUGUGUGGAAAAGAGCUCGGGAGUCUCCCCAACGGCCGAUGCUUAUUUGGUGGUUCGACGUUUCGAAACAGGUUGUUGGAUCCGUGCUAGUUCAUGCGGCCAAUAUCCUUUUGUCUAUGCUAUCAUCUGGGACCUUCAGCACCGAGCCCACCCCAAAAUCGCUGGGUGCAGCUACCCCUACUUUUGAACGGUUACUUCGACGUCAAGUAGAAGGCGACGAGCCCGACUUCUAUCAUCCGAACCCAUGCAGCUUUUACCUACUAAACCUUGCUAUUGAUACAACCAUUGGAAUCGCGAUCUUGAUAUAUCUUCUACGUCUCCUGCACGCCUUAUUCCUUCUGUCACCAAUUCCCUUUUUCCGAACGGGAAUCUCUUCUGGAGACUACGGCGAGCCUCCGAAAUGGUCGUACUGGGGAAAACAGUCUAUAAUAUACUUUAUGGGCCUGAUGGGAAUGAAGCUUGUGGUCUGGUUGAUAUUUGCACUAUGCCCAUGGCUAGGCCGUCUUGGAGACUGGAUGCUGGCUUGGACUGAGGGGGACAAGAGACUCCAGGUUUUUUUUGUUAUGUUUUUCUUUCCAUUGGUCAUGAAUGCGAUGCAAUACUACAUUAUCGAUUCAUACAUCAAGAACAGGAAUCCUUCGCACACUGCACUACAAGACUCUCCUCCUGUUUCGGGACGACGGGUAUCUUCGACAUCAAUGCGGUUCUCAUUCGAUAGUUCCAAUGAUGUGUUUUCCUCAGACGAGGAUGAAGCCUCUGGUUCGAGACACCUUCUGCAGCCCUCUUCCAAUAGGACUCGCCGAGGUCACCGCAAGGUGAACAAAUCACCCACUCCGGUGGUAGAAGAAUACAAUCCGGACACGGAUGGCUCCACCCUUCAAGAUGGCCCGGAUGAUAUACCACACUCCGAAUCCCCAUCCCCAACCUCGUUCCAGGCGCUGAGAAAUGGAAGAAAGGGCCUCGGCGGAAAAGGGGUUGGCGCGGAGAGCAGCAAAAGCAUGAAUAGUUCGAUGAUGCUAUUACCCGGCAGCAGAGGUCCAAGCACCCCUGGCUAUGGCGAGGAGGAGAGUGCAGGGAGUGCAGGGAGAGGUUUCGGAGGAAGAAGAGGGAGCGAUCUAGAUGAUGAUUCAACAUUAAUCGAGCCGGAGGACGACCUGGGAAGGGGCAGCAGGUAAAGUAACUGACGGGAGUCGCCUUGGCUAGGAACUUAGAUUAUGAACUGUUAUUUCUCUUCUCAUUGAUAUAAACCAACGGUGAGGCAUCGCUAGGAAAUGUCAGGGGUUUUCGAGCAGACCUAUGAGCUUUUGAAGCCCCAUUUUUCUGUUCGCUCGCUCUGAGCUUUACCCUUUCAUUUCCCGCCAGACAUGACCAUUUCCUUACCAACCGGGAGACAAACGAACAUACCAUCUCCCGAGGCGCACAUUUCCCUUGUUUCUUGGCAGUAUAUGUAUUUGAGUUUUCAGCCAGUCCUUGCAUUCGAGUGUUUAUUAUAUUUAUCAGCAAACGGAGUUGGGGCGAUUGGUAGAGCUUUUUUUCCGUUUUUUUUUUUUUAUACUUUCUGUGUCUUUUUAGUUUUUAGUUUUUGUGAAUGCGAUUUGCUUUGCGGAAUAGUGGACUGUAUUAUUCUAUUGAGUCGGGGGCAGAAGUGGGAUGGAGAAUAAAUACAUGGGA